CUAACUUUUUUCUUUCGUUGAUUUGAUAAUAUAACCAUCCGAUUAUGUAUGGCAGUUAUCUGAUUCUUUCACACUCGCAAACGCUUCAAUUUGUGUAUGGUUUUUGUUGGUCUUUUUGCAGAUAAGUUGACUUAAUUUAAAUGGCACCGCCUUCAUUAAGCGAGGUUAAGACUAUAGUACUGGUUGGAAGAACAGGUAAUGGGAAAAGUGCAACAGAGAAUAGUUUACUUGGAAGAAAGGCAUUCAAGUCAAUGUCGAGCUCUACUCGUAUCACCAGCACUUGUGAGAUGCAUACAACUACUUUACUGGAAAACGGGCAGAAUCUUGCAGUGAUUGAUACACCAGACAAGAUAUUUGAUUGUUCGGCUGAACCUCAAUUUAUUCGAAAGGAAAUUGCCAAAUGCAUCAAUAUGGCAAAGGGUGGUAUCCAUGCUAUUCUUCUAGUGGCAUCAAUUAGAACUCGCAUUUCGAGAGAAGAAGAAGAAGCUGGUGUUUCGAUGUUACAGGCAUUUUUUGGCCCUAAAAUUAUUGAUUAUAUGAUUGUAGUUUUCACCGGUGGUGAUGAUCUUGAAGAUGACGAGACUCUUGACGAUUACUUGGGCCGCAAUUGCGAUCAACACUAUAAGUUACACCUCUCAUUGCUCUUCCAUUAA